GAGCGAGGCGGCGGGAUCGCCGGGGUCCCAGGGAGGACGCGAAGGAGCGCCUGGAGGCCAAGCCGAGGAUAUCCUCCCUGGGAUGGAGCAAGGGGCUGAGCCAUGGGACCCAGAUCUUCAAGGCUCAGAGGAGAGGGAGCUCCUCAAAAGCACCCGAACAGGUAUGGGGAGUGAGAAUGAAGAUCACCCUCAGCAUGAUGGUCUGGAUUUUGAAGUUGACCCCCAACAGGUAUCUGGCCUGGGUUUCAAGGAAACUCACGAUGUGGCUUCAGGCCGGGAUGACGGAGAUACCGCCAUCAAAUUAGAACCGGAUGGGACCUGGGAAGACAUAUGGGCAAGUGCAAGCCAUGGGAAACCCCAUUCUCGAAUUCCCAGACCUCUUUCAGAAACACGGAGGGCACAGGUUGGGGAGAGGGCACCUGUGUGCAGUGAAUGUGGGAAAAGCUUUCGGCAAAUGUCAGACCUGGUGAAACACCAGCGCACACAUACGGGGGAGAAGCCCUACAAGUGUGGGGUAUGUGGUAAGGGUUUUGGGGAUAGCUCAGCACGCAUCAAGCAUCAGAGAACACACAGUGGUGAGAAGCCGUACCGGCCCCGCCCACCAGCUCCAGGCCCACCUAGGACUCCAAGACCUCGAAUUCCUGCUGGCGAGCGCCCCACCAUUUGCGGUGAAUGUGGCAAGAGCUUUCGGCAGAGCUCAGACCUGGUGAAACAUCAACGCACACACACAGGUGAGAAGCCAUACAAAUGUGCUGUCUGUGGCAAGGGCUUUGGGGACAGUUCAGCACGUAUUAAGCACCAGCGGACGCACAGAGGUGAACGGCCUCCACGUACGGUGGCAUCCCGGCGAGUGGCCCGGGCUGCUUCCUCCAUCCCACAAGGUUCAGCAGCUGGACCCAAGGACAAGCCCCACAUGUGUCCUGAAUGUGGGAAACGCUUUGUGUUGAGCUGCAGCCUCCUGAGCCACCAACGCAGCCACUUGGGGCCAAAACCAUUUGGAUGUGAUGUGUGUGGAAAGGAGUUUGCUCGUGGAUCAGACCUUGUAAAGCACCUGCGUGUGCACACGGGUGAAAAGCCCUACCUGUGCCCGGAAUGUGGCAAGGGUUUUGCUGACAGCUCAGCACGUGUCAAGCAUCUUCGAACACACAGUGGUGAGCGGCCCCAUGGCUGCCCUGAGUGUGGCCGAACCUUUAGCCUCGGCUCUACGCUUUUGCGACAUCGCCUCACCCACCUGGAACCGCAGGCUUUCGGGGUUCAUGGGUAUCCUUUGGCUCCCCACAGUCCCAGCCCACCCCCCAGCUCAAGUCCUCUACCAGUUCCUCAUGGCCCUAGUCCCCCACUUGUCCCACGUAGUCCCCCCCAUCCUGGGGAGGGCCCUUUUGGCCUCCCUGGUCUAGAGCCAGAGCCCGAGGGCCCCCAGGUUGGAGAGCCACCCCCUCCAGCAGUGGACAAGCCUCACAAAUGUCCCGAGUGCGGGAAAGGAUUCCGGCGAGGUUCAGACCUGGUAAAGCACCACCGUGUGCAUACAGGUGAAAAGCCCUACCUGUGCCCUGAGUGUGGGAAAGGCUUUGCUGACAGCUCAGCCCGUGUCAAGCACCUACGCACCCACCGUGGUGAACGGGCCCGCCCAGCGCCAACCCCCCCAGCAGCCCUCCUUCGGCCCCACAACCCUCCUGGCCCAGCAGCCCCCACUCCCCGGCCUCGGGGCAGGCCACCUGGCACAAGUAGGACUCAUACCUGUGGGUACUGUGGGAAAGAAUUCCCUCGAAGCUCAGACCUGGUGAAGCAUCGGCGUACUCAUACAGGUGAGAAACCCUACAAGUGUGCAGAGUGUGGCAAGGGCUUUGGGGACAGCUCUGCCCGCAUCAAGCACCAACGUGGGCACCUAGCACUGCGACCCUAUGGAGCAGGGCCCGCCAGAGCUCGGCCCCCCAAGACCGAGCUGGGGACCGGACUGGAGUGAUGGAGCCAGAAAGAUGGGUCCAGAAGGGGGAUGGGAGGGAAUCUGCUGCUGCCUGAAGUGGGGAGUAAGGGAAGUGAUAACCGUGCAGUGGGAAAGGAGAGUCAGGAGGCAGAGAGCCAGAGAAGAGGAGGUCAGUGGAGGGGUUCUCAACUCCCAGAGUUCCCCACUGGUGACAUCAGAGCUCCAUUACACUGCCAAGGGGGGAAGACCAGUGGGGAAGUACCCACACUGUCUUCUUUGCCAGCUGGGGCUUUGACUUCUAUUUCAGGGCUAUUCCUCUGAACCAGUUAGCUUGGGGGGCCGAGUUAAAAUAGUGUUCCAGUGAAGCCAGACCAAUCCUUGAGCGGGCCAAGUACACGGGCCCACUCACCCCAACUAGCCACCUUGCAGCCUCUUGACCUUAGAUGAAAGGGACCCUGAGAAGACUGUAAUAUAGUAGUACCAGUCUACUAAGUAAUUGGGGAAACCACACAUCUCAGGCCCUGCUGCUCAUGGGUCUGUAGAGUCAUUUUCAUGCACACGAUGAAGAGUAGCAGUGUCCAGUCCUCAGUUCCCCAGGACAGAAGAAGGGGCAAGGUGGCUAUGGGUGGAGAAAGCAUACUGGCACCAGGGGAGAGGCCUAGCAAUGUGAAUGAACCUUAAAGGAGAACUCUUCCUCUCCCCUCCUCCCCUCCCAAAAAGAGCUAGGUAGGCAAUAAGGGUUUUAUCUCUGGGAUCUCUGUUGACACUAUCUCAUUUCCAAUAAACUGUCUCUUGUCUU